AGGCCCCCCGGCUGGAAAUAAAAGUCAGAAGACUAGAGAGAGAGAGAGAGAAAAGGGGGAAAAAAGGAAUGCGAGCGAGAUAGGGCAGAGUUGGCAAAGGAAGGAAGGAAAGAAGAGAAACCCCCCCCCCUCCCCAAUGUGCAAAAAAGGAGAACAAAGGACGCCGCUGCGAAGGAUCUCGGCUGGCGUCCAUGCACAGCCGCGUCCCCGCCGGCGCGAAGUAGCCCCUUUGCAAAGUGGGAUCCCGCAGGAAAUCUGAGGAAGAUCCGGAUCCGGAGACAGAAAAAGGCAACGUGGGCCGGAUCCGAGGCGGAGGACGGGAGAGAGGAAGUCCCUGUGGAGACCAUGGGGAAAUGAACCGCCCGCCAGACCCCAACCAAAGCAGAAUUUCAGCUGCGGGGACUCACUCGCUGAGGCAACCGAUGUCUGUCUAACCCUUUUGUCUUCUUACCACCUGUCUCCGUCAUUAUUAACCAAUGUCAACAAUUAGGGAGCAGCCAAUCUUCAGCACCCGAGCCCACAUAUUCCAGAUCGACCCAUCCACCAAGAGGAACUGGAUCCCGGCUAGCAAGCACGCGUUGACCGUCUCCUACUUUUACGAUGCCACCCGCAAUGUCUACCGCAUCAUCAGCGUGGGAGGCACAAAGGCCAUCAUCAACAGUACCAUCACCCCCAACAUGACCUUCACGAAAACCUCACAGAAAUUUGGCCAGUGGGCUGACAGUCGAGCCAACACAGUGUAUGGGCUGGGCUUUGCUUCUGAGCAGCACCUCUCCCAGUUUGCAGAGAAGUUCCAGGAGGUCAAGGAAGCCGCCCGCUUGGCAAGAGAGAAGUCGCAAGAUAAAACAGAGCUGACCAGUCCUGCCUUAAGUUUGACUUCCCAGCAGAUCUACCCCAGCCCCAUCAUCAGUUCCAACGGACCUGGCGAUGACAAAUUCUUCCAACCGAAGACAGAUAUGGAUGAUGACGACCAGAAAGUGGAGAAGGGAUCAAGAAAGCUGAUGCUUCCUCGGAAGAAAUUAGGCCAGCUGGCGUGCCUACCAGGAGGAGACAGCUGUCGCCGGCCACGAGUAGCAGAGCUGGAAGCUCAAAGUGGCCACGAUUCCUCAGGCGAAAUGAAGGAGGAGGCCGUUCCGGCUAUGGAGGAAUUGGAGCAGUUGGUGAAAGCCAAGGAUGAGGAACUUCAGCAACUGAAGAGCCAGAAAGGGGGACGCUGGGAAGGCGACGAAGAGAGCGAGAAAACCUAUCAGAAGGUGCAGGAUCUGGAGAGACGAAACAAGGACCUGGAGCACCGCUUGCAGCUGGCCGAGCAGACGCUGGCCGAGACACUGGCGGAACGGGAGAAGAUGUACCACGAGGUGUCCAAGGUGGCUGAGAUCAUGGACAUGAAGAUCUUUGAGCUGAGCGAGCUACGCCAGGACUUGGCCAAGCUGGUGGAGAGCAACUAAGCCCAGGGGGAGCAGGGACGGGGAGCCCGCCAGAGUUGGAGAGGGGGACCGGGCAGCGCCUUCCUCAGAACUGGGGGUCCUGGGGGGGGGGGAUUGAAGUGAGAGGCAGACCUUACCGCACUGUGAUCCUCUUGAAGUUGCACCCUUUCUCCACCUAAGCAGUAGUCGCUUGGGGGAGGCAACUGGAAGAGGAGGAGGCAGGCCCUCAACUCCAAACCAGUUUCCUCAGCCUCAGUUUCCCUUUUGGAUGCUUCCAUUUCUACAGACGACUCCCCCCCCCCCGCCCCUAUCCUGAGGAGCUUCUCUCCUCUGAUAGUUUUGAUAGAGGACUGUUCCCAACGGCCCGCCUUACCAGAAAGCGAGCCGCUGAGUCAUGGAUCUCCCAUCGGUCCCGGGAAACCGUCUUUUUAACAAGAUUGCUUUUUAUAGAUUACCAGACACCCAAAUGGGAAGGCCCUAAAUCUGGCCAUUCCAGAAACAAGAAAGGACUCUUGGUGGGGUUUUUCCCCCCCUCCGCUGUCUUUUUUUCAAAGCGAGCCACGGCUUUUCCUGUAUUGAGUGAGGCAAAUCUGCUCCAGAGCUGCUCAACUGGGAAGAGAAGCGGUGGUGAAGGGAAAAUGGGGUGGGGGAGGGUGUUAAAUGUCACAGAGGGGGAAAAAUGGGGGGGGGGGCUCAAUAGCUGCCAAUCUGGCUGCUUGCCAGGUUGCAAUUAAUUAGCACUAAAUGAAGAAAUUUAACCUCUCC